GACCGAGUUUGUGAAGCGACGGCAAAAUUAUUUUCCUUGGAUUAACCAAUGGUUAACGUGAUCGAUAAUGUCGAAGUAUUUGAACAAUAUCAAAACAAUGUCAGCGAUAGUACAGGACGAAUUAGUGAAACCUAUUGACAGGGCGGCGUGGCAUGUGGAACACGUAUUGAAAUUUCCAAACUCGAGACAUUUACGAUAUCAUGGACAUGAUAUGUCAUGGAUACAUUAUUAUGCUACAUAUCUGUGCUUAGGUACAGGUUUCAUUUUGUUAUUAUACAUCUAUUACAUAUUGUAUGACAAAAUUGUUAGCCCUUUUGUAAAAAUGACAUGUUUUAGUAACUUAAAACAAUGGAUAAAUAACUUGAAACGAAAACUCGAUUAAAUAUAAA